CACGGCUUUGAAAAGGCAGCACUUCCGCAUGGAAGCUGUUACUUUGAAGAGACCUCGGGAUUCAUGCCGGAAGCCUCACGACGUGCUUACCGCAGAAGGACGAGCAUCGUCGAUCCUGUGCAUUGUCGUGACGAGUACGCGCGUGAGCGAGCGAGCAGGUGACAGGUGGGCGGCAUGGCUUUGAUCUCCUUGGAGGACCUCGAAGGGUUGGGCGAAGAUGAGCAACUGGACGAGGACAUCACGGACAACCCCGAGCCGAUGGGGGAGGAGCAAUCGGACCGACUGCUCACUCAUUGGAGGGCCGUGGCCAGCACGCACCAGGUCACCGUGCCGACAGAAAUGAGGGGGCCUAUCCACGAAAUGGCACGCCACAACCAGCAGAGGGAGCCCGUGCCUUUCGUGCCCAUUUCCUGUCAGGAGAAGAUGGGCGAGGUGAUGUGGGAGGAGCGCGCGUACCCGGCGGGCAAGUGGGCGUGCGUGCGGCAGGCUGAGGAACUUUACGAGCAGAGCAUCUCCAAGAGCUUCAUGAAGCUGAUGCGCUUCAUCUGCAAGGAGAACUCGGCAGGUGGCAUGCGCACCCGCACGCACGCGGCAGCGUGUUUUUCCAGCACGCACGGCGACGGGCCACUUUUGCACCUACGAGGCGUCUCGUUUGUGUUUUUGCUGUGCAUACGGGCAGGCGGCCACCUGGGCCUGACGGUGCCGGUGGUCAGCACGGUGAUGGUGACGGCUGACGGCCAGACGCUGGACAAGGAGGUGGAGACCGGCUUCUACUUGCCCGCCGCCUUCCAAGACGCGCCGCUGCGGCCGCACGACCCCGACGUGGAGGUGGUGCAACGGGACGCCUUCACCGUUGUGGCCAGAGCCUUCUUGGGGACGACCACCGAGGAGACGGUGACUCGCCACAGCCGCCUGCUGCGGGAGUUGUUGGACGCCUCGGCGGCCGAGCGCCUACGCUCCGACACCUACAUGGUGGCCGUCUACGAAAACCCUGGCGUCCCGCACCGCCGCAACGAGAUCUGGUUCCUGCGGCGCUAGGGGGCCGACUGCACCGUUUUCUGCAAACAUACACAAAAACUACGCACGGCAAGUCAGGCGCCGUCGUUUUUCUCGUUAGCGUGCCGAGCUCUUAGCGCCGUUAGGAAAUUGGACACUUAGUGGGGAUCAAGUCAAGUUUAUUCAAGGUGAAUAUUUUUGUAUGUUUUGACAAAAAAAACAAACUCAGACUUGUAAUUUGAACGGUAUCUCCAAAAAGCUGAACUUGUAAUGUGAAAUAAAUGUCAAUUUAACAACUAAA